GUCGCAAGUUUCAGGCACUCCAAAACUGAAAUCCCAAGGGAUCAGUCAAGCAACAACCUCAUUUCUCCUCUCUCCCUCUCAACUUUAGUGCGGGGCUGCUGUCGGAAGAACCACCGUCGGCGAGCCAAGCACCACCGUCUGGCUCCAGUGGCUCCUUCUCCACCUUCCCUCGGUUCCGUUCGCACCGUCCGCUGCAGAAUCCACUGCUAGCUGCGGCAACCCGUCGCUGUCUCGUGCUCCGUCGCGAUUCCCUGGAAACGCCGCUGCCACCUGCUUCUUCGUCGUUCGAGCCCACUCUUCGCGAUCCCAAGGGAAGACCGCCGCAAGGAGUGGAGCUGGUCUUGCCAAGAUCGGAGAAACGCGCCGGAACCCUCCGCCACACCUUCGAGGAUCUUGAGAAAAUGGAUUCUGAAGGAAGUGAAAAGGAGACCGUGGUUACUCAGGUUAGCAUUGGUGGAUUUGACCGUGAGGUCAGAGCAAAUGAUCUUGUGGUAUUCUUGGAAGAGAAAAUUGGAAUGGUAGAUAGGUGUCGCUUGAAGACCUCUUGGACCCCUCCAGAGUCAUAUCCAGAUUUCAGCAUCAUUGAUACUACACGGGUUAAAAAAACUGAUGCCUAUCAGAAGGUGGAGCCCCAUGCCUUUGUGCAUUUCGCAAUGUCGGAAUAUGUAGCCGAGGCUCUUAAUGCUGCAGGUCGAGGUGAUCUAGUUUUGAAUAACUCGCCGUUGAAAGUUAGUUGUGGUCCUGAAAAUCCACACUUCUUAAGGCAGAGGAGGAGAAAGACAACUCCUUUUAAGAUGUGUGAUGUACUUGUUGAAAUUGGUACUUUAGUUAAACCUGAGGAAUUUGUAGUCGCUUGGAGAGGACCUAACAAAGGGGUAAACUUUCUAGUGGAUCCUUUUGAUAGCAUGUGCAAAGUUUGUUUCAAUAAGGACGUUGUAUUUGCAUUCAAAGGAAAAGAAACAAAAGCAGUCAUAAAGUGUGAUUUUCAGGUGGGAUUCUUGGUGAGAGACAUAAAUGAGAUAAAGCAAUAUAAGGAUAUGUCAUCUUUUGUUGUUUUAUUGCACCUUGCUUCAGCUCCUUGGGUUUGGUAUAGAACUGCAGAUGAUGACAUUGUAGAAUCUCCAAUUGAUUUGCUUGAUGACGAUGAUCCGUGGGCUAGGACCACUGAUUUUACACCAAGUGGGGCCAUUGGUCGAUGCAAUUUUUAUAGAAUUUCAAUACCACCACGCCACGGUGCAAAAUUGGUUAAGGCCAUGCAUUACUUGAGAGCUCAAAGAGUGCAAGAUAUUUCACUUAGGCGACCACCUAGGGUACUGGAUGAACUAGAUUUUGGUGUGUCCAUGUCAGAUCCUUUCUUCUGCAUUCAUUCACAGAAAGGUGUUGCUUUUGAUGUUAUAUUCUUGGUUAAUGCUGUCUUGCACAAAGGUAUAAUCAAUCAACACAGUUUGUCAGAUGAGUUUUUUGAAUUGCUGAGAAAUCAACCUAAGGAGGUCAAUGUGGCUGCGCUGAAACACUUAUGUUCAUACAAGCGUCCAGUGUUUGAUGCAGCUAAGAGGCUGAAACAAGUCCAAGAAUGGUUGCUCAGAAAUCCAAAACUUUAUCAGAACUCGAAACAGUUAGAUGAUGUUGUUGAGGUUAGAAGACUGGUCAUCACUCCAACUAAAGCCUACUGUAUACCACCAGAGGUUGAACUGUCCAACAGGGUUCUUAGAAACUACAAAGAACUUUCAGAUCGUUUCUUAAGGGUCACCUUUAUGGAUGAAGGCAUGCAAACAAUCAAUGCGAAUGCUCUUAACUAUUAUGUUGCUCCCAUAGUGAAGGAAAUCACUUCAAACUCCUUUCCGCAGAAGACACUAAUUUAUAGGAGGGUGAAGAAUAUCUUGGAAGAGGGGUUUCAUUUAUGUGGCCGAAAGUAUUCAUUUUUGGCUUUCUCUUCCAAUCAACUGCGGGAUCGUUCUGCUUGGUUUUUUGCUAAUGCAAGCAACGAAACUUGUGAUACCAUAAGAAAUUGGAUGGGAAAGUUCAAAAUACACAAUAUUGCAAAAUGUGCUGCUCGGAUGGGACAGUGUUUUUCAUCCACUUAUGCAACAGUUCAAGUUGCAGAUGGUGAGGUUAACUAUCGUUUGCCAGAUAUUGUAAGGAAUAACUAUGUUUUCUCCGAUGGCAUCGGUAUUAUUACUACUGAUCUGGCAGGGGAAGUUGCUGAAAAGUUGAAAUUGGACAGUGUGCCCUCUGCAUAUCAGAUCAGAUUUGCUGGUUUUAAAGGGGUAGUAGCCUCUUGGCCUGCCAAAGGGGAUGAGCAUCGGCUCUCUUUAAGGCCUAGUAUGGACAAGUUUUCUUCUAAUCAUAAGACCUUGGAGAUUUGUGCCUGGACUAGGUUUCAGCCUGGAUUUCUGAAUAGGCAGAUUAUAACAUUGCUUUCAGCAUUGGAUGUAUCAGAUGAAAUAUUUUGGCAAAUGCAGAAGGCAAUGAUUUCAAGGUUAAAUGAAAUGCUUGUGGAUGCCAAUGUGGCAUUUGAAGUUCUUACGAAAUCCUGUGCUGAGCAUGGAAAUGCUGCAGCAAUAAUGUUAAGUUGUGGCUUCAACCCCCAAAAUGAACCUCACCUUAGAGGUAUGUUGACUUCCACACGUGCUGCACAGUUAUGGGGACUCAGAGAAAAGUCUAGGAUUUUUGUAUCUUCUGGCCGGUGGUUGAUGGGUGUAUUAGAUGAGUUGGCUGUGCUUGAACAAGGGCAAUGCUUUGUUCAAGUGUCUACUCCCUCACUUGAGAAUUGUUUCUCAAAGCAUGGGUCAAGAUUUUCAGAGACAAAGAACCUUCACAUAGUGAAAGGUUUGGUGGUUAUAGCAAAAAAUCCUUGUCUUCACCCAGGUGAUGUAAGAGUUUUGGAGGCAGUUGAUGCUCCUGAAUUGCAUCAUUUACAUGAUUGUCUUGUGUUCCCUCAAAAAGGGGACAGACCUCAUACAAAUGAGGCUUCUGGAAGUGACCUUGAUGGGGAUCUUUAUUUUGCCACAUGGGAUGAAAAUCUUAUUCCACCUAGUAAGAGUAGCUGGAUACCUAUGGAUUAUACUGCACAAGAAAGCCAACGUACCAACCGUCAAGUCACUACUCGGGACAUUGUAGAUUUUUUUGUCAGAAACAUGGUCAAUGAGCAUUUGGGUACCAUAUGCAAUGCACAUGUUGUACACGCUGAUUGCAGCGAGUAUGGUGCCUUGGACGAGAAAUGCAUAAAACUGGCUGAGUUAGCAGCAACUGCGGUUGAUUUUCCAAAGACUGGGAAGAUUGUUGCGAUGCCACCUCAAUUGAAACCAAAAUUGUACCCUGAUUUUAUGGGCAAGGAGCCGCACCAAUCCUAUAAAUCCACAAAGAUCCUUGGCAGACUUUACAGGAGUAUCAAAGAUGCCUAUGAUAAAGAAAUCGAUGCACCUGAUUUGAACUAUCCAACAGAUGACAUACCUUACGAUACAGAUCUUGAGGUUCCAGGAUCUGCUGAUUUUAUUGCUGAUGCAUGGGAAAAGAAGUGCUCUUAUGAUGGUCAAUUGAGUGGACUUCUUGGUCAAUAUAAAGUGAAAAGAGAAGAAGAGGUUGUCACUGGGCAGAUCUGGUCUAUGCCAAAAUACAACAGUAGGAAGCAAGGGGAGCUGAAGGAGAGACUCAAACACUCAUAUAGUGCCCUGAAAAAAGAAUUCCGGAACAUGUUCGAGAAAUUGAAUUUGAACCCAGAUGCAGGAGAAUUAAGUGACGAAGAAAAGAAUCUGUUGUAUGAAAAGAAAGCUUCGGCGUGGUAUCAGGUGACAUAUCAUCCUGAGUGGGUAAAGAAGUCCCUUGAACUGCAAUUCAAGUCCCCAGAGAGCCAGGAGCCAGGUAGUUUGGGGAAUGUGGUGAUGCUGAGUUUCCCCUGGAUUGCUGUUGAUUACCUUGCUCGCAUGAAGAUAAGGCAUCGAAACUUUGGAAACUUCGACUCCACUAGGCCAGUUGAUUCCCUGGCAAAGUACCUAUCCGAAAGGUUAUAGUCUGGUUUUACUUGAUCCCGGCAAUAAGACCACUCUGCCACUUUGAAGUAUGUUGGUGAACAUGCGUUCACUGUGAACAAUAUGCAUGUGUUUCUUAAUAUUGUGUUUUUGUUUGGUGUUUCACUGAUCAGUUUAAGUUUCUUUGCUUUUGAGGCAAUUUGUAUGGAUUGCAUUUUGUACUGCUAGUCCUGUUGUGCAGGAUGUUAUGUAUAUAGACUGAAAGUGAGUUUGUGUAGAUUUCAAUAUGUGAAAUUGCAACUUGUAUUGGGGAAUCCUUUACAUUACACCAAGUUCAA